UGUACUGAAAAAGAAACCAAAUACAUAUCAGAAUAAAAAUAUAUCAUAAAUUGCAAAGCACUGCAAGAAAUAACCCAUAAGAUUGAUGUAUUUAAUACAAACGCGCGAUAUUACGGAUAUAUUUGGAUAAACCCAAUUUAACAAAAGAACAAAACAAUAAAUUACCAACACGAGCAUAUCACGGCUGAAAGCCUAUUGAACGAGAUAAUAAAGAAAAUUAAAAACCGCGAAUCGGCGCUCUAGUCAAAAUCGAAAAUAAAUAUACAUAUAUACAUAUAUAAUAUAUAUGUAAUAUAUUUAUGUGUUGGCUUGUUUGUUUAAUAGUUAACGAAACUAGGAAUCAAGACCCACCGGACAUAUCAUCAGCCAAGCAUCAGCAGCAAAGCAAAGCCUCGACUUUAAACAAAUUUGAUAAAUUCAAAUAAUGCGCAUACGAUAAGGAUCGAUGUUACCAAAAAACUUGAUGUCCCUCCAUGAGAUUCCCAAGCGACAAGAAAAGAAGAGAACUAUGGCGUUAUGCGUCAGAGAACACCGGGGCAACGUGCGAUGCAUAUGGGAAACAGAUAAUGCCCAAACAGCAACCACAGCCGCCUCACCCUCAACAUCAACGCCACCUUCAGCUGCACACGUGCUAUACCACGAGGACAACACCACCACCACAACCACCACUCCCCAGCUACACAAUAUGCUAUUUGCCACAAAUCCAGGAUCAGCAGCAGCAGCAUCAGCAUCAAUUGGCAACCGAAGCAGCAGCGAUCGACGAAUAUUCGAGCUAUUCUUAUACCGAGAAUGGUUGCAACUACGCAAAUGCUGGCGCCGGCAUAUUAAGCGACGAAAACGGUCCUGUUUGUGCCACAGCGGCGAGUGCGGCAAGUGCGGCAUCCUUUGCGAUGUCAGCGGCAAACAUGUUUCUGCGCAACUGUUGCGGCGGCGGCGAGACAACGACAGACUCCUCCUCGAGCAGUGGAUCAGCGGACAGCAGACGCCAAAUACUGCUGAGUCGUCAGCGUCCCAGCUCAACGUGCAACUUGCUGCGGCAACCUGCUACCAAUCUGCUGUACUACCAAAGCUUCGAGGCGCUGUGGAAGAAGCUGAAGAGCAAACAAAUCGCCGAUCUAAUCCAAGCGGUGAAAAGUCGUGUCGAACCACCAACGCCGCAUCCCAAGUGCAACGGCGGCCUCACAUCAUCAUCAGCCUCGACGACAAGCUAUCUCCAGUGCAUCCUGAUCAAGUCCAACUCGCCCAGCGACCAGCUGCAGCACGUCUUCACAUGCAGGCUCUUCUUCUGGCCCGAACUCAGGAAUGCCGACGAACUGAGGCGACAUCCUACUUGCCCCAGUGCACUCGAUUACGUCUACGUCUGCUGCAACCCACUGCACUGGUAUCGCAUGACUUACCCCAUCGAUUCAGAACUCGCACCCCCGCCUUAUCAGCGCUCGAAAAUGCUGAGACUCCGAGAUACAGAUUCCGAGGGAAACACUCAAAACAACAACGAACAGUCGUCGUCAGCGUCGUGGACCGUACAGAGCAACAACAACAACAACAACAGCAGCAGCAGCAGCAGCAGCGGCUCCCACCACAGCCGAAGCAUUUCGACGAGCAUCAUCAAAAAGGAGGCGGCGGAGUGCCUCCAGUCUUUCACCACUAGUGGAAAAGAUGGAAGCGCCUGCACACAAGCGUGGUGCCAGAUCGCCUACUGGGAGCUGGCUCAGCGCAUCGGGGAGCUCUUCCAUGCCACGAAGCCAGUACUCAAUAUUCACGCAGACGGGUCCGUCGACUGUGCCGGAGAGAGCCUCUGUCUGCGUGAAUUACAGGGCAAGGGGAAUCAACGCGAUUCUGUGCAAAGCACGCGACAAAAAGUGGGUCUGGGUGUAACUCUAAGUGUGGAAGGUGGCGAUGUGUGGAUAUACAAUCGCAGUAAUGUGCCCGUAUUCGUGGAUUCCCCAACACUGGCCGAACGCAUGGAUCGGGUGUGCAGAGUGAUGCCUGGCCACUGUCUCAAAGCCUUCGACACACACAGGGCUCUAGUGCUGGCUAGCCAGCAGUCGCAACCGACGCAUCUGGGACCAAUUGAUCGGUUUAGCAUGAAGAUUAGCUUUGAGAAGGGUUGGGGCAACAAAUACAAGCGGCCAGACAUUAUGGGCUGUCCCUGUUGGCUGGAGGUGCACUUCUGUCAACUGCGGUGACAGUGCCAGCAGCAGCCGGCGGGCGCUGCAACUGCGCUCCGUUUGCUUGAUUCAACCACCAGCAACACCACCAACUUCACCAAUCACAUGUGUUGUAGGCCACCACAUGUGCUGCAACGGUCGCGGCAACUGCAACAAAUACUUCGGAACCUGUUGACGAGGCUGGGCAGUAAGGCGUGCAUCUUGAGACUACCGGAAAUUAUUAAUACAAGGAGUUUUAAAUUGCGGCAACCGGAUUAGCAAGCAAGCAAGUAGGAGGGCCACACAACAAUGGACUGCAAACGAUAUAUAUAUAUAUGUGCAUAUAUAUAUAUAUAUAUAUAUGGUACUUUAAAAGUUUAAACCUAUUACGAGAAAUGUUUCAAUUAAUUGCUAAAUGCCACAUCGAAAUUAACUUAUGUAUAAAGCAUGAUGCGCAACGACGAAGCUAGAAGUGUUAAAUGUGUUAAAUUCAAAUAGUAAUUCAUUGUUAAACAUAGCUAAGAUUAGCUACAAUUAAAAUCCUGUGAUUCACUCUAUAUAUGUACACACCUACAUAUGUAUGUAUGUACACAAACACACACACAAACCACACACACACACCACACACACACACAUCCAGUAUGUAUGUGCAGGCACAAAGAAAGAACUCAACCUCGGUAAUUUUAAAUGUGUGUAAUAUUCAUGUUCAUAUCUAAUUUUAAAUAGUAAGAACAAAAAAACUCGUUUCACGAAUAACUGCUGAUAUUUCAACGGGCAUUCUACUUAAUAAUCGCCGUAAUAUACGCAUAUAGACAUUCGAAAUUCACCGUUGUAAUGAUGGCUUAUGAUGGAUUUUGAAUUCACAUAUUUAUUUCUUCCAGUGGCAGCUCAAAAAUUCAGUACAAAUAAUGUUAGCCCGAUUUUCCUUUUAUGGUUUUAUAAAUUGCAACACUCGUUAAUACUGCAAAGCAUUCUCUAACCCAUCCAACUUUUCUGAUUUUAUUUGAAAAUCCAUUAAUAUUAGUGGUAAAUUGAUUCUUUUUUAUUAAACACUGAAGUUUUUAGCUGUUUUUUUUUUUUUUUAAAUCUUGAUUUAUGUGUUUGACAAUAUUUAGUGUUAUAUUAAACCGAUCAAACAAGCUUUUGCUUAAAAGUCAUUUAAAUAAGCCAAAUAUAAAUUGAUUUUUUAUUAAAUACAAUUUUAAUCAUUCUAGCUUUAAUUUGCAUUAAUGAGUCCAUCUGGUCAAAUCUAAAUUUAAUUAUACAUUCAAAACACCAUAAAUCGAUUGUAAACCAAGUUUCAUUGGGAUUAUCUCAAGUUGGAGCCCUAUGCGGGUGAAGCUUGGACUAUAAUCGCUUUGUUUCUAAAUUUAAAACGAUUUUUGGCGGCAUUUUGAGCUUCGCUGAAUCGGGUAUUUAUAACCGGAGAUAUUGCAAAAUAUGUAAAGACUGGAUUUGAAAAACCAUUUUGCAAAACUUAAUAUUAUUUUUUAAAAAAGUAGUCUUCGAAAUAUAUUUACAAAAUUUUGUUCUGCAAUUAACGUCAUAGUGUAAUUUGUCAUCAAUCGAUCAUGCCCAAGCAUUUUUUUAUUUUAUGUUGAUGUGAUGAUCGAUUUUUAGCUGGUUUUUUUUUAUUGUUUUCAUCAAGCCUUAGUAUUAUACUCAUUUGCCUUUCAAUAUGAAGGAAAUGCAAAUUUGAGCAAACUGAAGGCAUUUCCAGUAAAGUUGUGGAAAUUAAACUUGGUCCAUGCCUGAUUCUUCCGGGCUGACGAAUAUUGUAAUGAGUAAGUUCAGUGAAACUUAAGCUCACUGCAGAUCAGAUUAGAAUCAUAAUCAGAACCAGAUCAGAUCAGAUCAGGUUGCCAUUUGCCAUCUGCCCACUCGAAACAAUGAAAGUUCUGAAAGUGCCUACUCAUAUGUACGUACAUGCAUUCAUAUGUACACAAGUACAUUUUAAUUCCAAAAAUUUAUUAUUAUAAUAACCAUACGCCCUUUUAUAAAAGCAUAAGUACAUACGCGAGUACAUACAUACAUAUGUUGUAGUAAGAAAGCUGAUUUUAAAAAGUGCUUGGACUUGAGUCAUUUUGAAUUUAUGCAACGCAUAUGUAUAUGUACAUACUUAUAUAUGUAUAUACUUACAGUAUAUAUAUUCAAAAUGAUCAAAUAUUUAAUCAGCGUUAAUAGUUGUAGACCUAAUGUUAAGUUUUAAGAAAUAUUUUGUAAUAAAAUUUCAAUAUAUUUACAAA